GGCGGGGCUUAAAGCCUGAAACCAGCCGUAUCGUUGUUUUCCAAAAGAUGAUCACGUCAAGGCCUCUAUACCGCGAUCACACUUCCCUUGUGAAUCAAGUAGUAGCUGCUAUAGUCCAAAACCGACCCUUUGAUGCCCGUCUCGCUGCCUCAGCCACCGCCAAUCCAAGCAACGCUCAACCAUGGACCGCGGAAUCGGUUUCCGAAGUGUUAAGGUCCAUACCAAGGUUCUUCUUCCAAUCCCCUCGCUCCGUUGGCCGCCAAAGCGGCUUCCGACACCGCUCACCUUUGAAACAACGAAACCUCAAAGAGGAAUCCAAUAAGCUCCGACGCAAUGUUCUUGUUCUUGGCCCUGCUGCUCACAGAGACCCCCAGAAGGUGCAGUUGGGAUUGGACAAAGCAAUGGAGUUCUACUACUGGGUUGAGGGCCAUUUUGGGUUUUGCCACAGUGAGAUGACUUGCAAAGAGAUGGCCUGUGUGUUGGCCAAAGGGAAUAGAUUGAGAGCUCUUUGGGAUUUUUUGAAAGAGAUGUCUAGGAGAGACGGUGGUGGGCUUGUUACCACUGCGACCGUUACCUGUUUGAUAAAAGUUCUAGGGGAGGAGGGGUUGGUCAAUGAGGCAUUGGCUGCAUUUUAUAGGAUGAAUAAGUUUCAUUGUAAGCCGGAUGUGUACGCGUAUAAUACUAUAAUUUAUGCUCUUUGUAGAGUAGGGAAUUUCAAGAAGGCGAGGUCUUUGCUAGAGCAGAUGGAAUUGCCAGGUUUUAGAUGCCCGCCGGAUACGUAUACGUACACAAUACUCAUUGGUUCAUAUUGUAAGUACAGCUUGCAAACUGGGUGUAGGAAGGCGAUUAGGAGGAGGAUGUGGGAGGCAAACCAUUUGUUUCGGAUAAUGCUAUUUAAGGGCUUUGUUCCUGAUGUUGUGACUUAUAAUUCUUUGAUUAAUGGCUGUUGCAAAACCAACCGGAUCGAGAGGGCUUUGGAGUUGUUUCAAGAUAUGAACAAAAGGGGUUGUUUGCCCAACCAGGUUACCUAUGGUUCUUUUAUUAGAUACUAUAGUGCAGUCAAUGAGAUUGAUAAGGCUGUUGAGAUGUUGAGGAAGAUGCAAGAAAUGAAUCAUGGAAUACCCACUUCAAGUUUGUAUACCCCAAUUAUACAUGCUCUGUGUGAAGCAGGAAGGUUUCGGGAGGCCCGGGAUUUUCUUGUUGAGUUGGUUGAUGGAGGAUCAGUACCAAGAGAGCAUACGUACAAACUAGUCUGUGAUGCAUUGAACUCUGGGGGAGAGUCUAACUUGCUUGAUGAGGAACUGCAUAAGAGAAUAAAGGAUGGUAUAGUGAAGAGGUAUAGGCAAGUAAUGAAGGUAAAACCGAUUAUGAUCCGUAACGGAUAUUUUAGCGCUGUUGAAGUUUGAUAUAGAGGAGAAACUGGUCAUGGUCAACUAUAUAAAGAUUUAUGAUAUAACCAGAAGAAUUGUGGGGGCCACUUUGGCAUUCUGCUGUGAGUUCUGCCUAAGGGAGACAAGGUAGCCUGUAGUGCAAUCCCGAAGAAUGCUGCCAAAGAGUGCUUGCAAUGAACUUUUGGCUCUAGAGCAUGGUGAUUUUCUUUCAUUGUAUGUUUUGGCAGAUUAUACCGGACAAAGGUUGAGUUUAUAUGAGCAUCAUGCCUUAUUUGGAUAUGUUUUUCAACUGUCAGGGCGACGACCAUCCAUUUGAACGAAGUAGAUGACCAGAACUUUUGAAAUGGUGCCGACACCUAAAGAGUUUCAAUUUUGUGAGCAUUAAUGCACAUUUGAAUCCUAUGACUGGUUAUGUGCAUUUAUUGUUGAUUCGAGACAGAUAUGGACAUCCUUGAAAUGUGGAUUGAUUCCCAGCAAGCUUUAGUGGGAAACUACUCAAGUAUGUUUUUAUACAAUCAUUCUCUUUGGCUUUUUUCUUGUUUUAAAUCCUAUGACUAGUUAUGUGCAUUUGUUGGCUUUUUUCACUCUCUUUGUAGAGAACAAAAAAUUGAGAAAUAAGAUGACAACAUCAAUCAUGGAAGUUGUAGCCGUUCGCUUGAGCUUGAAAUAGUUUUGGGUAGGCAUAAAUUCUUGAAGCUUGAAAUAGUUUUCUUGUUUGCCUAUUCUUUUCUCAUUUUACGGUCCAGUUACCAUCGAUAAGGCAAAAUCUCUCGAAAUAAGGGAUGGUUUUGACUAUUUAUCAGAUUGUUAUUGUCAUUGGUAUUAUAUAGUUAAUUGAUUACUCAAAAUUUUGGUAUUAAAAAUAACUUGAAAAUUCCGAAUAAUAUUUUGAGAGAUGGAAGUGGCUUGCAGUGUAAGGUAAGUGAGGAGUUAUGUAAUAUAUAUAUAUAUAUAUAUAUA